AUGCGAUACAAGUAUAUAGUUUGUGUAGAAAUGAAUAAGUAUAAGAAAAAUAGGCGAGUUUUGCACAAGCGCGUGUGCGCGCGCGCGCGCUCGUUCGUUCGUGUGCGUGCUUCUUGCGCGUCUCCGUCGAGAUUCGAUUGACCGCCACAGCAGCCAAUGAGAUUCGCAAACUUUAGUUGACGCACGACGGACAGUAGGAGAAGCAGUGCACGGGCGUGGUUUACGUUCGCACGGCUUCGCGUUCACGCGCGGAAACUCGCGCAGCUCGAGGGAAGUGGAGCUCGAGCGCUCCCGGUUUGUCACCUGGCUGAUUCGGGAAACGAAGAAAUGUUGAGUUUGGGAAGCGGAGCAGCGAAAAGCGCCAAGCCGUCAUUUGUGUCGUAUGUGACGCCCGAGGAAAUCAAAUCUGAGAAAGAACCACAGAAGAAAGAGAGGCAUCCUGACUUGCUACCAGGGGAAGUCGUGUUCUGCAGUGCGAGUCCCGUUCUCAAACACACACAGGAUGACCUCUCACAGCGGGGAAUCUUCGGCACGCUCCUCUGCACUAAUUUCCGUGUGUCUUUUGUCAGUGACGAGACACCGCUGGAGGAGGCGACCCAACACUUCAGGAAUAAGCUCUAUGGAGAAAAUGAUAUUCCUCUGAUGUGUAUGGACCAUGUCUAUGGAGUUUAUGAUGAGAAGAAAAAGAUGAUAACUGGAGGCAGUCCGGUAAAUAAAUAUCCAUCAAAAAUUAUCAUACACUGUAAAGACCUGCGUGUCUUCCAGUUCUGCUUAAACUAUACCAAAGAAGAGGAUGCCAAAAAGAUCUUUCGGGGUAUCGUUCAACUCUGCCUGGAGCCAAAGUCUCUGAAAUGUGUCUUUGCUUUUUCUUAUGCUCAUGCAAAACGUCCAGAAUUACAAAGAGCACCGAAGACUGUUAUGUUCGAUUCACCAGAUGACUGGGUGCAAGAAAUGAAAAGGACCAAAGGAAACUGUAGAACAGUCACUAAAAACGAGAACUUUGAACUUUCCACAAAAUUACCAAAGUACUUCAUCAUCCCAGCGGCAGUCACUGAUGAGGAUUUAGAUAAAUUCCCAGGAAACGGGUUACCAAUUUGGUGCUGGUCCCACCAUAGCGGCUGUGCUUUAUUUAAAUCCUCCUCUGUGCCCACAAGUCAGGAAGAUGGGGUGGUACAGGCCUACAUGGAGAGAAUGCUUCAGGCUGUGGCUCAAAACCACCUUUAUUCGGUUAAAACGGAGGAUCUUUCAGAAACACUCCCCACCAUUCAGGACAUUCAGCAGUCUUACACCAAGUUCAAGCAAUAUUUUCUCAUUGAUAAUUCAACUGAUUUCUGGGAAUCAGAUGUCAAGUGGUUCUCCUCUCUUGAAAGCUCAGGCUGGCUAGACAUUAUAAGACAGUGUCUCCAUAAAGCAGUGGAAGUUGUAGAGUGCCUUGAAAAGGAAAAUACCAAUGUCCUAAUAAUGGAGGAGGAAGGUACAGAUCUGUGCUGCGUUAUUUCUAGCCUGGUCCAGAUCAUGCUGGAUCCUCACUACAGGACACUGACAGGAUUUCAGGGCCUGGUGCAGAAAGAGUGGGUGGCUGGCUGCCAUGCUUUCCUCGAUCGAUGUAAUCACCUUCACCAAAAGGACAAGGAGAGUCAAUCCCCAGUCUUCCUGCUCUUCCUGGAGUGUGUGUGGCAGCUGGUCCAACAACACAGCGCAGCCUUCCAGUUUUCCGAGACAUACUUGACCGUUCUGUCCGACAGCAUCUAUGUGCCAGUCUUCAGCACUUUUCUCUUUAACUCUGCCCAUCAGAGAGAAAGCACAAUGAAGGCUGAGUCGCAGUACUCACAAAGAGGCCCAUUGACCUUCCCUGCAGUGUGGGACUGGUCGGUGCAGUUUGACUGGAAGGCCCAGCAGUUCUUCCUUAACCCUUUGUAUAGCGAGAAGCUUAAGCCAGAGAAAGUAUUACGCAAAGUUCCUCGGGGAAAGCAGCACCAACGGCAGAUGUCCUUGCCAAGCUCUGCAUUUAAAACCCCUCCCAAGAAGGGUUUCUUCAAAGAUGAAGCAGACAGCCUGAAGAAGCUGCUUCGUGUAAAGCGCCUCAGCCGCUGGAUGGCGUCACCUGAGAGCACGGUGGCAGGGACCUCUAGUGAGUUCUGUGAUGCUUGGCAGCGUCGUCCAGCAGAUCCACAUGGCCUGCUGCUGCCAUGUCUGUCUGGACCAGCUAUGCGUCUGUGGAUGCAGCGGUGCCUCCGCUGGAUCCCUGACAGCCAGAUUGUGGGUGGUGGCUCUGUGGCUGUCACAAGCAAGCUUACGGAGCUCCUGGCUCAAGUGCAGGAACUCCGGAGUGAGCUAGAGCACAGGGCCUGUUUCGUUUCACGGUCUGAAAGCCACCGCGUGCAGCCAAAGCCAAUAGCGUUGACACAGCCCUCUAUGCGUCUAUCGUCCUCUUUCCCCUUUGCUGCUGGUCGGAGCUGGUCCUCCAAGCCAGCCAUUCCCAUAAGCCUUCUGCAUAGUCUGAUGGUAAGCGAUAAGCUAGCGAGCCAAGAUGACGAAAGCAGUGAAGUCAUAAGCUUUGUUUAGCAGCAGGAGACCUGUUUAGAUUGACAUAGGUCACUUCAAUGGAGUGACUUUACAUUUAGAUUCAAGGUGUGUCUGUGUGUGUGUAUGCAUGCAUGUACACAGACCCAGUCAAAUGUUUUGACACACCUUGUAAAAUGAAUCAUGAAGCUGGUUGAAAAAAUACUAAGCUGUCAUGAAGGCAAGAGAUAAGAAACUAAAAAGGUAAAAAGCUGUCACAUUGUUUAAUUCGGUAGUAAAUGCAGACUUUGACAAAAGGGCUUCAAAAAUUCAGUUCAGAAAAAAAGUUUAGAUCCUACAAGAUCUUCCAAUUUUGUGGAAACUUACAUAUUAUAAGAUUCCAAUGUGAACUUUGAUUGGCUUCAAAUUGUGGAAAUAAUUAGAGAUAUGUUCGUAUAAGGCACUCUUUUAUAUAUGGAUUAGAAUGUCAAAUUUAAUUUGCCUAUUUAUUUCAUUUACUCAGUUGUUUCAUACUAAUGACUUGAAGGAAUUUUAACCAAAUAUAAAAGAAACAUCUUCCUGUAAAACUGAGGAAAGGCUAGCGUGUGUAUUAUGGUUUAUGCUAUUUGUCAGUGUCACUAAAGGCAACUCCUCUGUUGCAUUAAUGUGCUUUGUUACCCACGCAUGAAUAUAAAGAAAAUCUGUGUUACUGAAAUAUAUAUAUAUAUAUAAUUAAAUUAAAUAUAAUGUAAUGUUAUUUUUAUUGUUUGGAUGUCUAUUAAUCUAGCAGAGAAGUGGAACAUGAAUAAACCCGUACAGUAAAUAGGCAUGGUCACACUUUUAAGUAGUAGCUAUGCUAUUAGAACAAAAAAGGUCUGAAGUUUGGUUUAAAAGCAGAUCUUUGUGUGAUGAAUGAACUCAAAUUGGUCUGAGUGAUAAAUCAGGGAUAAAGUCUUGUUUGUAUUGUAGGUGAACCCUACUGUAUCAAAACUCCUGUUUGAGCCAUAAGAACUACGCUUUUAAAGAAGCAUAUAUGCAAGUUGUAUAUCAGGAAUGCAGUGUGUUUUAUUUUAUCAAAUGGUCUGUAAAUGUCCAAUGGGAAAAACAUUUGGUGAAUAGUGAACAUUUUAGUUAAAAUUUAUUUUGACCUGAUUUGUUUGUCUAAUAAUACAGGGAAAUUCAGAGGAACUUAAUCGAGCUGAAUGCGAUCUAGACAAUUAAUCAAUCUGAGCGAAAAAGAGAAUAUUUUAUUAUAUGUAUUAUUAGAUGUAUGUAUAUAAUGCAUAUAAUUUUACUCAGUCUUAUGGUGCAUACCUCAGUUAGUGCCUUAACUACUGCCUGCGGUUUUACACACAGAUAAAAUCCAAAUAAGUAAAAAAUUAAAUCCUCAAAUCUUGCAAAUAUGCCCAAAAAAAGCCUUAUUUACUUUUAUUAAAAUGCUUUAGUUAAGCUGUGUUUUUUUUCUUUAUGGCCACCAUGAAAUGUCCUAAGAUUUAAAAAACAGAAAAGAAAACCCACACGUGUCUGUUUUGGUGCCAUCUGCUGGUUUACAGACUAUUAAACACAGGGAGCCAAAACCAGGAAAGCCUCAAAGAAAAGAACAUAAAAAUUGUGGACUUAAAUUAUAUAAAGCAUAAUAUUAAAAAUUCCCUAUAAGCAUUUGUGUGUGUGUGUGUGUGUGUGUGUGUGUGUGUGUGUGUGUGUGUGUGUGUGUGUGUGUGUGUGUGUGUGUGUGUGUAUACAUAAGGCCUUUUGUUAUUGAUAUAUGGAUAUUAUGUAUGUAUGCUAUCACAUACAUGCCUAGUGUAUAUUAGGUGCCUCAUGUAUAUUAUUUCUGCUGCCUUUUAAAAUGAUUUAUUAAUUAGAAUCAAGUGCUUUUUUUAAAGAUCCUGUUUUGUUUUGUGCUAUUUUUUUGAACUGCAUUGCACUACUGCCUGUUUGUGCUCAAACACUGUUACAUAAAGCUAAUCAUUUUGAGCUGUUUGUUUACUCUGUAUCUGAACAUGUGAAGUCUGUACUGAAAGUUCAGAUCCCUGUAUAUGUCUUCGGUCUUUACAUAAAUAUUCAUCCAAUACACUUUAUUAUGCACAUUA